GGGGGGGUGGGCAGGACGCGGUUUGAGGGGGGCCGGACUGCCCUCUGACACGACCCUGUCACAUCAGAGGGGGAAUCGACACCUACUAUAGGCCUGCCAAACAGCUCAGGUUAAGGUUAUGAAUCAGUCAGGAGAGAGGGAGGUCAACUGAGCAACAAUGAAUAUGUGCAAUCGAGAGGGAGGUCGCUGUGCAGAGAUGGCUAUGGUAUGCCUGACAGAUUUUGAGGAGUAUGCUAAGGAACAUCUGUCAAAAGCCACCUGGGAUUAUUAUGCAGCCGGAGCAGAUGAAUGCUGCACCAGGGACGACAAUCUACUGGCUUACAAAAGAAUCCGUCUGAGACCUCGUAUCCUGCGGGAUGUGUCAGUAAGCGACACUCGGACCACAGUGCAGGGGACAGAAAUCAGCUUUCCAGUUGGCAUCGCGCCUACUGCCUUUCAUUGCCUGGCCUGGCAUGAAGGAGAGAUGGCCACAGCUCGGGCCACAGAGGCACUAAACACCUGCUACAUCACCAGCACCUACUCCACCUGCUCAGUGGAGGAGAUUGUGGCAGCGGCGCCCAACGGCUACCGCUGGUUCCAGCUGUACGUGUACCGGGACAGGAAGCUGUCGGAACAUAUCGUGCACCGCGUAGAGGCCCUCGGCUACAAGGCCCUUGUCCUCACCGUCGACGUCCCCUACACCGGAAAGCGUCGCAACGACAUCCGCAACCAGUUCAAGCUGCCGCCACACCUCAAGGUCAAGAACUUUGACGGUGUCUUCCAGGUAACACCGGAAGCCGCAGGCCCAGAGGAAUAUGGGAUCCCAGCCAACACCUUGGACCCGUCCAUCAGCUGGAAGGACGUGUACUGGCUGCAGUCCAUCACCCGUCUGCCUAUUAUUAUCAAGGGCAUCCUGACCAAGGAGGACGCUGAGCUGGCCGUGGAGCAUGGUGUCCAGGGAAUCAUUGUAUCAAACCAUGGGGGGAGACAGCUGGACGGAGGCCCGGCUUCGAUCGACGCACUGUCAGAGAUCGUGGACACGGUGCAGGGCAGGAUCGAGAUCUACCUGGAUGGUGGAAUCAGGACAGGAAGUGAUGUACUGAAAGCGCUCGCCUUGGGAGCCAAGUGUGUGUUCAUUGGUCGACCAGCAGUGUGGGGCCUUGCAUACAAGGGUGAAGAGGGAGUGAGGGAAGUGCUGCAAAUCCUAAAUGAUGAGUUCCGUCUGUCCAUGGCUCUAUCAGGUUGCCGGAACGUAGCUGAAAUCAACAGGAACCUCAUCCAAUUCUCUAAACUCUAACCUACCAGCAGAGGGCAGCACUGAGGACGAUUACGGCAUCCACUGAACAGGACUCACAACUGAACCAAAACCACUGUGUUGACAAAGAGCUCGAGACUCCAUCAUGUGGAGAAAAAAAAAAGACUGAAAGAUGUUCGAUGAUGUCAGAACAGAAUUCAUACCUUCAUCAUGUCAGGAGAACAACGAUACAUGCACUCAUACUAAAAAGCUUCCACAAUUUGGAAACGGCAUCCAAAAAUGUAUUCAUGCAAGAGUGUAGGAGUGAGAGUGUCUUGGGGAAAGAAAAGGCAUCAGAUUUAGCAAGUCGUGAUGAUUUUUUUGCUUUUGGACUUAUUGUAAUGAAUAAUGACAUACCAUACACUACAGUUUGAGAUGCUACCAGUGCUUGUGGUUAAUAAAUGCCUGUUGAGGUGAUGAAGAACUGCUAUUUAAAUUUGGAUCUAUUAUAAGCAGGCAGUAACAUUCAGUCUUAACACAGGUACAGUAUUUAUCAAUAGCCUGAUAGACAGUGAAGGUACCACACCACUUUUUUUUUUUAAUGUGAUAAUUCACAAAACUCAGCUGUUUUAAAAGCUCUCAAUAUCUAAUAGAAUCCAUACAAACAUAAUCAAUAGUGAUUAUCUCAAUGAACAAGGUAGAAAAACUAACUGAUUGUGCACUGUUUGAGUUAAAGGCUAGAUUCCCAACAGCAUUAAGACAAGAGAACUAUAAAAGAUCAUUUUGCUUAUUGUCUCUGCAUGGGAUUUAGUCAAAUAUGUUACAUGUAUUCAGCUUUCAUCUGGCAAAAGACAUGAAAAAAGCAUAAAGAAGAUGUAAGAAUGAAUAAUAAACAAUUUCACACAAUA